AUGGCGUCUCCGGCGGCACCCACCGAGGGGCGCCUGCCGCUGCCGCGCAUCCUCAUCGUAGACCAUCAUGACUCGUACACGCUCAACCUCUUCACCCUCCUCCUCCCGGACCAGCCGCCGCCGCCGCAGCAGUCAUCGCAGCCGCGCGACACCUUGUCCAACUCCGCCUCGCACCAGCUCUCGGAGCGCGUCUUUGUCCUGCCACACACCCACCCGCUCCUGCGCCCGGACGCCUUUCGACGCCAUGUACGGCCUCACAUCGACGCCAUCAUCCUCUCGCCCGGUCCCGGCUCUCCCGACAAUCCAGACGACUUUGGCGCCGCCGACGCGCUCCUCCGCGACGACGACCUCGGCCUGCCCGUCCUCGGCGUCUGCCUCGGUCACCAGGGCCUGGCCACCGCCUUUGGAGGCAGGGUCGUAAAGGCAAGGAGCGUCCGCCACGGACUCAAGACCGCCCUUUGCAUCGCUGCUGCUGAAACUGCAAAGGGUCAGCAGCUGCCCACCACCUCCUCGCCAUACCCCUGCCUGCUCGAAGGCAUUGCAGAGGGGACCCAGGUCAUCCGCUACAAUAGCCUCACCGUCGACAUCGACACGCUUCCAUCGUGCCUCCGCGUCACCGCAUGGGGCUUUGAUGAGCCCUGCAAGGCGCCGCUGCCCCAUACUCGCCCACGCACCGACCUCCUCCGCUCCUGUGUCCAGCACGCGCUCCGCCCCGCCCAGUCUGGCAGCACCACGCCGCGCUACUCUGCCGAACAGCUGGCAGCCUCUUCGGGACGCAGCACCCCCUCUGAUGCCGCCCAGCGGCUUCGUUCCAAGCUCGCGCUCGACAGCCUCGCCUCCGACUCGUCCUCAAGCCUCGGCGAGCUCGACGAGGACCUGCACGACCCCGCCCAGGACGACCUCGAUCGCGUCGUGCUCGCCCUCCAGCAUCGCACCCGACCCCUCUAUGGCGUCCAGUUCCAUCCCGAGAGCAUCGAGUCGAGUUCGGGCCGACACAUGAUGCGCAACUUCCUCGCCAUCGUUCGGUCCUAUUGGGCCGCCAAAGCCGAAGCCGGUCAGCUCGACCCGACCGAAGCUGCAGCGCGGCGAGAUGCCAUCGAGGGCAGGGCCACGCUGCCGGCCGAGCUCCGCCUGGCGGGGGCACGGUGCGUCGCCGCCGGCAAAGCCGCAUCUCUAACGCCAUCGUCGCUCGUCGAUACCGAGCCGACAUCCUCGCCUCCUCGCUCAAAGGACUUCCACAUCAUCUCGACCCGCCUCGAUGUGCCGCCGUUCGAGUGCGAGCGCUUGGCCCCGGAGCUGUUCCGCCGUGCCUUCCAGCACAAGAGCAAUGUCGGUGCCGUCUGGCUCGACUCGGCCCGGCUCAAGGACCCGCACAGCCGCUUCUCGUACAUGGCCGUGCCAACGUUUGUGCUGUCGUACAACGCCUCGACCCGGCAGCUGCGCCUGAUGACGACCCGCGAUGCGUCAAAGGCUGUGUUGGUCUCGAUGGACGAGCCGCCGCACGGCAAUUCUGCUGCAGGUACACACCCUGCCGAGCCGACGUCGUUCUGGACGUUUAUGGACCGUCUCCAGAGCGCGUUCAAGGCCGCGGCGGAUCUCGGCGACGACGACGCCUUGGCCACCGAGGCGGCCGGCAGCGUUUUCCGUACCGGCUUCGUCGGAUACUUUGGCUACGAGAUGAAGGGCGAGAGCCUCAAUCUGGACUCGCCCGUGCCAUCGACGGACGCAGAUCAGCACGAUGGCCGCAGGGACCGGCCGGACUGCGAGUUCCUCUUUUGCGACCGCGUGCUGGCUUUCGACCACCACCUGCGCCAGUGGACCGCCUUUGCGUUGACACGGGCCGGCUCCAGCCCACUGCAAGCUGGGGCGACAUCGACGCAGCCCUGUUGGCCGGUCUCUGCGAUCCAAGACGCGCUGCGGCGAUCCGGCUCCGGUUCCGACGACGUCCGAGCGCAACAGCUGGCGGUGACAGAGAGCGAGGCGCAGCAGUGGUUCGACGAAGUGUCGCAGGCGCUGCACGAGAUGCCCGACGCGGCCAAGUCGUACCGCGCGCCUGCUGCCCACGCCAUCAAGGACGCGCUGCCGCCCCUACAGCCACGCCUGAGCGCCGACGAGUACAUGCACCGGAUUGAGCUGGCGCGCGACGAGAUCCUGCGCGGCGAGAGCUACGAGCUGUGCCUCACGACUCAGUUCCGCGGUCGCAUGCCUCCGCUCGUCGCCGGUGCUGCUUCCGAUGCAAGCGGGAUCGAUCGAGACGAGCUGGAUCACUUUGGUCUGUACUGCAAGCUGCGCGCACGCAACCCGGCGCCCUACUCUGCCUUCAUCCGACUGCCGGACCACGCCCUGGCGCCCUCGACGACGGAGGCGGGCGCCGCGGCCGGACCGCAGCGAGGCCGGUCGAUCCUGUGUACGAGUCCGGAGCGGUUUAUCCGGAUCACGCAGCAGGGCGAGGUCGAGAUGAAGCCCAUCAAGGGCACGCUGGCGCGGGCCGGGUACGGGCAGGACGAGGAGGGGAUGCGUGCCGGCGGCGGGACGGCGGACGAGGAGGAGGAAAAGCUGCGCUGGCGCCAGGCUGGCGAUGCGCGGCGGCGGCAGCGGCUGGCGGCGGAUGUCAAGGAGCGCGCCGAGAACCUCAUGAUUGUCGAUCUGAUCCGCGCCGAUCUGCAGUCAUUCUGCCACGCCGACUCGGUCGUGGUGCCCAAACUGAUGAGCGUCGAGACGUACGAGACGGUGCACCAACUCGUCACCACGGUGCGGGGCCAACUCAAGCGCGGCGUCGGGAGCGUCGAGGCGGUCCAGCGCUGCUUCCCACCGGGCAGCAUGACGGGCGCGCCAAAGAGGAGAAGCGUACAGCUUCUCGAGCGUCUGGAACUUUCACCCUCGUCCACGUCCUCGUCCUCGUCCUCGUCGUCGGUGGCGGCGAGGAGGGGCGUGUAUUCGGGCGCGCUGGGGUGGAUGGGGAUCGACGGCGCCGCCGACUUUGCCGUCGUCAUCCGCACCCUCGUCGCCGAGGGCGAUGACGUCUCGAUCGGCGCGGGCGGCGCCAUCACCUACCUCUCGGAUCCCGCAAAGGAAUGGAUCGAGGUGCUCGACAAGCUGCGCGCCCUGGCAAACGUCCACGUCUGA